AGCCGUUCUGGCUCGAGCCAGCUUGGCUCAGCAUCCCUGGGCGACGCGGCACUGCCUGGGCCAGACAGCGCAGAAGUCGUGAUGGCAGACCCAGAGGAUAACGACGACGUUGACGAUGCGGACGAUGGCCUGGCGGUUCAGGAUCUGUCCAAGCUGGACGUCUCGAAGCUGACGCCCCUGUCGCCCGAGGUGAUCAGCCGACAGGCAACGAUGAAUGUCGGAACCAUCGGCCACGUGGCACACGGGAAAUCCACGGUAGUCAGAGCCUUGAGCGGGUCCAACACGAUCCGUUUCAAGCAGGAGAAGGAGCUCACCACCCACCAAACCACCCCGACCCGACCCGAAGGCCCAACUUUGCCCUCCAUUCCCAGUGGGGGGGGCGUCGGAAAGCAGAGAAAAACUCAUGUGGAACCCGUACCCCUCUAACCCGAAAUGUGCGUUUUCGUGCGAGGUUGGGAUGGUCUGGUAGGUAGUCAGGAGCGUAACAUCACGAUCAAGCUAGGAUACGCCAACGCUAAAAUCUUCAAGAACGACCGUGAGGAUCUCGAGCGACCUGCCAACUACACUUCCUUCGGCAGCAAGACGCCAGACGUCGUUCCCGAUGACGAAGGGGGCAAUUGGAGGCUCCAGAGGCACGUGUCUUUCGUAGAUUGCCCAGGGCACGACAUCUUGAUGGCAACCAUGUUGAACGGUGCUGCCGUGAUGGAUGCCGCGCUGCUGCUCAUCGCUGGAAAUGAGUCGUGCCCGCAGCCCCAAACGUCGGAGCACCUGGCCGCAGUAGAGAUCAUGCGCCUGAAGCACAUCAUCAUCCUCCAGAACAAGGUGGAGUUGAUCAAGGAGGCGCAGGCGCAGGCGCAAUACGAGGAGAUCAAGAAGUUCGUGGCGGGCACCGCGGCGGACAGCUCUCCCAUCAUCCCGCUCAGCGCCGUCCUGAAGUACAACAUCGAGGUCGUGUGCGAGUACUUGUGCACGCAGGUGCCCAUACCCCCGAGGGACUUCCUGUCUUCUCCCUACAUGAUCAUCAUUCGGUCCUUCGACGUGAACAAGCCUGGGGAGGAGGUGGACAAACUCAAGGGCGGCGUGUGCGGCGGGUCCAUCAUUAAGGGCGUUCUGAAGGUGGGCGACGAGAUCGAAAUCAGGCCUGGGACCACGGGCAAGGAUGAGAACGGCAACACCACGUGCAAGCCAAUCCGCUCCCGGAUCCUCUCCCUUGCAGCGGAGCAGAACUCGCUGCAGUUCGCAGUCCCAGGAGGCCUCAUCGGCGUGGGGACCAAGAUAGACCCCACCGAGACGCGCGGCGACCGUAUGCUCGGACACGUCAUGGGGCACCCAGGCAAGCUGCCCGACAUCUACGUCGAGAUCGAGGUCAAAUACUAUCUCCUGCGCCGCCUUCUCGGUGUGAAGACGGAGGGAGACUCCAAGGCGGGCAAGGUAUCCAAGCUGAAGAAGGGGGAGAUCCUCAUGGUCAACAUCGGCUCUCUGGCGGCAGGCGGCAGGAUCGUGAGCAUCGGCGACGACGACGUCGGUAAGAUUGUGCUCACAAAUGCUGUGUGCACUCAGGAGACUGGCAUGGGAAGCGGGUCUUCCUGUGAAGAGAUGCCGGAUUUUCUCCCUCGGGGCCAUUUCAACCUCUCCCCCUCCCCGCUCUGCUUCCUCAAGGAGGAGGAAGAGGAUGGGGAGAGGGCGACCUCAUUUUUUCUCCCGCGGCGCGAGUUACAGUGCAAGUAG